AUGUCAACGCGUCGGUGGUAUUCAGCACUUUGGGUCAGGAUUGCUGGGCCUCGGACAGUCUUAAAUCCAACCAGACCACCUCGUUCGGUUGGAUGUGCCUCCUGGCGUGGGCUUCGGACCUUGCCCGCGGUAGACGACUGUUCCCGGGCUCGUCUACGGUACUCCAUUGAACUGAAGCGAGGGUUCCAGCUAUUACUUUCGAUACUCCAAGAACCUCAGCUCGGUCGGCAACUGAAGGAGAUCGUACUCGAUCGAACUCCGUCUUUCACUUGGCGUGGUAAAUCAUCCUACAGCAUCCAACCAACCAAGGCGGUCGUCACCGCAGACGACCUACAGCGACUUCAACGAGCGAUUAGGGAUAUUGGUAUCAGGGACGGGGACGAACAAGCCAAAGUCUUGAAUAUGCUACUCCAAGAUUUCGAUUUCUUCGAACACUGGAAGACGGGCCUCUUUUAUCGGGCGCAGGCACUGGCUACGUUGCUCAUCUCUGUUGGUCAAGUGGAGAAGUUAGCAUUCGGGCCUUGUGGGAAAGGCUCCACCGAUGCAGACUUGGUAUUCCACAACUACCUGCACCGCAUGGCUGCCAGUCGUGAGCCCACUGCCCUACGGAAUCUACGGCAUGUGCGAUUUCUCCCUGAUAGCGACUCGAUUUAUGAGGAUCCGACGGAAUACUCCGAGUACGAUAUCUACGACUGUCUGAACCUGGUGCGAAAGCUUCCAUCCAUUGAAUCCGUUCGCUUCGAUGCUAUGACCCUAGGCCGAGAGCCAGGGGUCUGGCCACCACCUCGCUCGGCCAAUUAUACGGACAUUAUGCUGUGUCGUUGUAUCAUUCCAGAUGAGCGGGACCUGAGCAUCAUCAUCAGCUCCUCCAAAAAGUUGAAACGAUUUACCUAUACCGUAGGCGGACGCUAUGAAAGCGAUCCCUCGUCGGUGCGUUCACGCCCAAUUUUGCAGUCACUAUUGCUUCAUCAUGAAACAUUGGAGGAUCUGAAUCUUGACAUCCAAGGUCAUACCUCAACGGAUGAGAUGUUUGAUGAAAGUCCCAUGGACUAUGAUCCUACUCGUCUUACAGAUGAUUGGGAGCAGGAGGAAUAUGAAGCGCACUGGGCGGACGAACUAGAAGAACUAGCACUGCAUGAGCAACAGAGGUCCCGAGAGCCCCCAGUGCCCUGUAUGCUACGCAGCCUUUCCCGAUUGAAGCACCUUAGCAUUGGCGGCCAUCUUCUCUACUGUUAUGCACGCGGCUUUGGUGCUGGGGUGCGAGAGCCCUUCUCUCUCGUGGACUAUCUUCCGCCAAGCCUGGAGUCGCUGCGGAUCUAUGGCUACGGUUCAGAAGAUCCAGAUGGGCGUCUACCAGAUAUAGGCCUUGGCAUUCAAGUAGCCAAGCUGCUAGAGGAGAAGGCACAAAAGUUGCCAUUAUUGUCAGUGAUUGAGGGACUCGAUACACCGAUUCCCCAUGGACAGAGCAUCUGCAAUGUCGACGACGACGAAGGGGAGGCGCUAGUCUGGCGUCGGAUGGACGACGAGUGGGUGCAAGGUGAUGCCGACUAG